AUGCACCCGCACAGCCCCAGCCACGGCCCGCCCAGCCCCGCACCCGCCUUCCCGCUCGCCGAGCUCACCCUCCACGACCAGCCGGCCUCGCCGCCCAGCCAGCGGCCCCCACGCACCCACAUCCCGCCCCCGCUCGCCCUCGCCGCCAAGGCCGCCGAGCCGCCCGCCGACGAGCUCAUGACCGCCCGCGGCACCCAGUUCCCCGGGCUCGACACCGCCCGCCACCGCUUCCAGCCCUACGCCGCCGCCGACCCCGCCCCCAAGCCCGCCGGCGCCCUCUUCCUGCACACCCAUCCGCCCGGCGCGGCCGCCUUCCGGGCCAUCGACGACGGCUGCUCGCUGCGCUCCAGCUGCUCCAGCCUCGCCUCCAGCUCCAGCCACUCCUCGGGCUACUUCCCAUCCCUGCCCUUCGACGACCCCUCCCCCGGACCGGGGCCCCGCGAGCCCCUCUUCGCCCCCUUCUCCUCCCAGCCCGCCCUCUUCCCCCCGCUCUUCCCCCCCGCCUCCGCCGCCCCCAGCAACCACCGCCCCUCCCUGCCCUCCGCCGGCCUCGCCUACCCCGCCGCCGCCUUCACGCCCUCCGCUGGCUCGCCCCCCAUCGCCUCCGCCUCCUCCGCCUACUUCCACUUCGACUCUGCCGGCGCUGGCCGCCGCCAUACCGUCUCGGCCUACGCCUCGCCCCUGCCGAUCGAGCUCAGCCUGGUCGGCCAUCCCGAGAUCGGCGAGUCUCUGAUCAAGGAGGAGAAGCGGCGCAGGAAUAAAGAGUCCAGUCAGAGGUUCAGAGACCGCACCCGGGAGCGCCAGCGCGAGAAGCAGGAGCGACUCGAGUACCUGGAGCGCCGGACCAAGCAGCUGGAGGAGCAGCUGAAGGGCCGCCGGGGCUCGAUGCCCGACCAUCUCGAGCACGCCCACCAGCCCGCGGGGGGAGGUGCGGAGCGGGAGAUGAUCGAGCGGCUGCAGACGGAGAACGAGGCGCUGCGGAGCUCGCUCAAGACGGCCACCGACGAGAUCAACAGGCUCCAGCAGCUCGCCGGGAGCCAGUCCCCGCACAGCCCGCUCAGCAUCGGGCCCUACGCCGCCGGCAGCAGCGCCACCAUCCCGCCGCAGCCCUCGCCGCCCACCUCGGCCUCCGACCUCGCCCCGGGCUCCCAGGCCUCCUCGCCCGCCAACGACCCACACUUCGCCGCCCACCGCCCCGCCAGCCCAGCCCCGUUCGCCCCCGCCUCCGACGCCCCCGCCCACGACCCCUUCGCCGCCAUCCUUCCCCAACACCAGCAUCUCUUCCACCACCACCAUCUCGCCCACCAACUCAACCCCCCCGCCGACUUCUGGGAGCUCCACAGACUCCCCAAGCCGCCCCUCGACCCCGCGCCCUCCGCCGCCGCCGCCGCUGCCGCCGGAUGGCAGCCCGCGCCCGCCCCCGUCGACCGUCUCCAGUCCUGA